AAUAGUUAUUAAGAAAUUUCAUAAAGAGAAGAUUGUAGCAGAGAAACCCAGACAAGUACCUAAGCUAGCGUAGAGCUGAACCAAAUAACUAAAAAUUUCCAGAUUUCCAAGCAAGCCCAAUCGAUUAAAAUUCCAACUAUCUUUCACCAGAAUUCUGUUACUGCAUCUGCUCCAACUAAACAAAAGAGUCGAGACCAGUGCUAAUUUGGUGGAUCUAACCGAAUCAUGGUCAAUUGCUGCCCCGUGCAAUGGAGUUUCGAGAAUUUCCUUCUUCGUGGCUGGGAUUUCAUUGUUAGCCAUGCUAAUUAUGUCUGGAAGCUUAAACAAACUCUUCCAACUUUAUCUGCUGCUCUUCAAGAACUGAGGGCCCAAAGAAAUGACGUGCGAAGGCAGGUUGAUCUUGCAGAACAAAGACUAUUGAAGCCAUUUGAGCAAGUUCAGCUAUGGCUUUCAAAAGCAGAAACUAUGAUAACAGAGGCGCAAGAAUUGGUUUCAAAUGGUCCUCAACAAAUGAAUAACUUGUGUCUCGGCGGCUGUGCUUCCAAGAGUUGCCUGUCUAGCUACAAGUUUGGUAAAAAAGUGGUCAAAAUGCUUCAGGAAAUAAGCGAUCAUAAGAGUAAAGGAGUUUUUGAGAAGGUAGCGGUGAAUCAGCCCGCAGCUUCAGUGGUAGUAAGACCUGUAGAGCAGGCGGUUGAUCUGGAAUCCACAAUCCAAAAGGUGUGGAGUUGCAUCGUAGAAACAGAUGCGGGGAUCGUUGGCCUCUAUGGCUUGGGGGGCGUUGGCAAGACAACAAUCUUGACCAAACUCAACAACAAGUUUAGCACCAAACCGAAUAAUUUUGAUGUUGUUAUCUGGGCGUUGGUGUCUAAAGAUUACGAUGUUGGAAAGAUUCAAGAUAGGAUUGGUGUAAAUCUUGGGUUUUCAGAUGACUCAUGGAAGCAUAAAAGUGUUGAAGAGAAAGCUGUAGAUAUCUAUGGGGUCUUGCGCAACAAGAAAUUUGUUGUAUUAUUGGAUGAUUUAUGGGAGAGGGUGAAUUUGAACCAAGUUGGGAUACCAAAACCAAGCCAAGAAAAUGGUUCCAAACUUAUUUUCACUACACGGUCUUUGGAGGUAUGUGGUGAAAUGGGAGCUCGAAAGAAAAUCAAAGUGGAGUGCCUGGAAUCGGAGAAGGCUUGGGAAUUGUUUCAAGACGAGGUUGGAUAUGAAACUCUCAACAGCCAUCCAGAUAUCCCAAACCUAGCUAAACAAGUAGCUGAAAGGUGCGGUGGGCUGCCUCUUGCACUAAUUACAAUCGGUCGUGCCAUGGCUUGCAAGAAAACACUUGGGGAAUGGAAGUAUGCAAUUGAGAUGUUGAAGCGAUGUGCAUUGUCAAAAAUGGAAAAUGAGGUAUUUCCGCUUUUAAAAUUCAGUUAUGAUAAUUUGCCUAAUGCGACAAUGAAAAGUUGCCUCCUAUAUUGUUGUCUACACCCUGAAGAUUAUUGUAUUCCCAAAAAGAGAUUAGUGGAGUAUUGGUUUUGUGAAGGGCUAUUGAAUGAAUUUGAUAGAAUUAGUGAUGCUCAAAUGCAAGGUGACGAUAUUAUCAGCUCUCUUUUGAAUGCUUGUUUAUUGGAAAAUGGUGGUGUAAUUAAUGGAGAAGAUUGUGUGAAGAUGCAUGAUGUGAUCCGUGACAUGGCUUUAUGGAUUACACGCGAAUUCGAAGCAACAGAGAAUAAUUUUUUUGUAAAAGUAGGGGCUCAAUUAUUUGAAGAACCAGAUGUUAAGGCAUGGGAAAGUGUAAAAAGAAUGUCAGUGAUGGAAAAUAAGAUUGCAGUUCUCAAAGAAACACCCAAAUGCCCUAACCUUCGAACCUUGUUUCUUAGCCGAAACAAGUUGAAAGUGAUCAAUGGUGGCUUCUUCCAGUUUAUACCUCAUCUAUCUGUUUUGGAUUUGUCAACAAACAAUGAAUUACGAGCAUUGCCUAAGGGAAUUUCGGAAUUGAUUUCACUAGAAUGUCUUGAUCUAUCCUGGACUGGUAUUGAAGAGUUGCCAAUGGAGUUGAAAUCGUUGACAAAACUAAAAUUGUUGGACUUGAGUUGUAUGUUCAAUCUCAGAAAAAUCCCACAGCAUUUGAUAUCUUGUUUUUUCGAGUUGCAAAUAUUCAGACUCUGGCCAUAUCCUAAAGAUUAUCCUAAUGAAGAUAACGUUCUAAAUGGGGGUAAUGAAAAGCUUAUAGAGGAGUUUGAAAGGUUUACAACGUUUGAACAUACUAAGGAUACAGAUAAAAAGCAUGUUUUGUCUAGAAAGAUUCCUGAGCUUUAACUUGUUUCGAUGUUGGACCCAAGCACUACAACUUUGUGAUUUUAGAGAAUCAGAAGUGUUAAAUGUUUUAUGCUUAGAAAAUUUGGAGCAUUUACAAACACUACACAUCUCCAAUUGUACAAGUAUGAAGGAGAUAAAAAUGGAAAAGCUGCAUAUCUCGGUUUCUUCAAGUACUAAUAAUACUUCAUAUUUUCACACAUUGAGUGAAGUUCAAAUUUUUUGCUGUAACAAAUUGAGAGACAUAACUUGGCUGAUUGUUGCUCCAAAUCUAAGGACUCUUUCUGUUAUUGCGUGUGGAAAAAUGGAAGAAAUAUUGAGUGAAAGAAAAUUUGGUGAAGUUGCAGGUGUGAUUGGAAUUUCAUACACUAAACCAUUUUUGAAGCUUGAAACACUUUCCUUACAAUUGCUAUUGAAAUUGAAGAGCAUAUACUGGGAUGCUCUACCCUUCUCAUGUUUGAAACUUAUUCAUAUACUGAAAUGCCAAGAACUGAAGAAGCUUCCUCUCAACUCAAACAGUGCAAAAGGGAACCAACUCAGCAUUGAGGGAAGCAAAGAUUGGUGGGCAACAGUAGAAUGGGAAAAUAAAGCCACUCGAGAUGUUUUUCUCACUUCUUUCAAGUCUCCUUAUGAAUGAAAUGUAAAAAAUUGCAAAAUGGUUCUUUGUUGUAUGAAGUUUAAAUUUUGAGAGAAUAAGGCUUCUUAAUUAGUUUGUAAUUUGCAAUAUCUGUAUUCAAAAAAUAAAAAAUUAGAAUUUAAAAACAUGAACUAAAUAGUUGAAAAACCCAUCUUCCUCAAAUUUUAACUUAGAAUUUUUUUAAAAAAAUAUAAUUUUUAUCUCAAAUCUCACAAGUACAGAUCCAAACAUAUACAAGGGAAAAUUUGAUGACAAACAAUCAAAACCAUAACGUGCGCCAGUAGUGGUAGCGACGCCUCCACAUGGCGGCUGCUAUAUUUUAAGCUAGACAAGGACCUAAGGUAGAGCUGAAGCAAAUAACCGUCACAGCAAGCCUGAUUGAUUCAAAUUCCAACUAUCUUUCACCAGAAUUCUGCUACUGCAUCUGCUCCAACUAAACAAAAGAGUGGAGACCAGUUCUGAUUUGGUGGAUCUUCUUCCACCCACUACCUGUCUUCCUCGUAUCUUUGGCUAAAAAAGUUAGCUACUUUGAUUUCCUUCUCUGGGUAUACACUCUGUGAAUCUA